GAACUGAAGUGGGAAGGAAUUAGUAGUCUAAAUAACUUUCAGUUUGAUGAGAAUGGUGUCACAUCUUGGCAAUCAUAUUCAAUAGGCGAGGGACAAUUUUUACCUUGGUCAAAGUUUGAAGUUCAUGGAAGAAUUUAUCGAAAAUGGUUAUCAAACACGUUUUCUGGAAAUGGUUUCAAAGAAGUCAAGGUGAAGAAAGAACCAAGGAUUGAUGUSACGAAAACAUGUAACAAAGGGGAUAACUCAGUGACGUCAUCGAGUGAAGACUCAAGUGAUUCACAUGAUGCCAUCUUUACUUGCCCCAGAGAAGGCUGCGUCAAAGUCUAYYAAAGCUAUGGUAAACUUGAAUKKCACAUGGAAUAUGGAAAAUGCGAAUAUAAGAUCGAAAGAGAGUCUCUAUUUAACAAGGYUWAAGUCCUAUAUGCUGAUAAACUGCUAGUUGGCCAUGGCGYUAAGCCGGAUGUCGGCCAUGUAAACCCAGGGUUUGAUCAGAACGUUCAAACCACUAAUGAAACACUUCCUCGAGGCUGGGCCCUUCGAGUUAAGAAAAAGGCGUCACGAUUUACACCAAAACAGAAGGAGUUUCUUGRUGAGAAAUUUCAACUGGGCGUCAAAACCGGRAAGAAAUAUGAUCCCUUGCAAGUGUCUCUGGAGAUGAGGGUAGCGAAAGACGAUGACGGGGGUCGUAUUUUUAGUGUCGACGAAUUCCUUUCGGCAGACCAGAUAAAAGGAUAUUUUUCCAGGGUAUCAUCAAAGAGAAAGCGAGCUCAUGAUAAUGAAGAGACGGAGAGAAAACAAGCUUCUGCAAUAUCCGAGGAGAUGGUGUUAGAAGACAUGCGUCAAAUGGUGGAUCGAAAUGUUCAGUUAACUCAUCCAAUUAUAAUUGAUGGUCACAACAUUUGUAAYCUUGCGAAAAACCAGAAGUUGAGCAAACUUUCAGUCUCAAUACUCAAGAGCUUGUGUGAAACACUUGAAGUAAAUUUGUCCGAAGUAGGUUCGGGAAAAAGAAAAGCGCCAUACAUUUCAUCAAUCGAAGAAUUUGUGGCGACCUGCUCCUGCAUGAGGCAAUAAA